GUGUCCUAACAGUGUCCAAAUGGCUCGCUGCCUUGUCAUUAUAGGGCCAUGUGGUAAACCGUCCCUUCGUGGACUUGCAGGGUGAUGUAAUAAUGGCAGAGCAGGCUGUCAGUUUGUCAUUGCAGGGCCAUGUGGUAAACUGUCCAUUCUUCACUUUGCAGGUUGGUAGAAUGGCAGAGCAGACACCAGAUGAGUUCAUCUGGUGUGAAGACUGUGGCCAGUACCACGACUCUGAAUGUCCUGAACUGGGACCGCUGGUGACCGUUGAGGAUUCCUUCGUCCUCAGCAGAGCUCGGUCUUCCCUGCCUAAUAGUCUGGAGAUCCAAGAGGUGGAUGUUGGGGUAGAGGGGGUAUUCGUCCUGCGACGACUGGUCAAGAGGACCAGGUUUGGCCCCUUCGAGGCUAAGCGGGUGCCCCACCUGGAGAAAGAAGGGCCGUUUCCCCUGAAGAUCUUCCAGAAAGAUGGCGUGGUGGUCUGUUUCGAUUCCACGAAUGAAGAAGACUGUAACUGGAUGAUGUUGGUGCGACCCGCCACCGACCACAAACACCAGAAUCUGACGGCCUACCAGCAGGACAAUGAGGUGUACUUCAAUACCUCCCAGGAUGUGUUGCCAGGGACCGAGCUGAGGGUUUGGUACGGGGCCUUCUACGCCAAGAAGAUGGAGAGGCCCAUGCUCAAGCCCCCCGUCCAGCCGCCGCACCCAGAUUCAAUAUGUCCUACCAAGCCAGAGACCUCAGACAAGGCUGAAGUCCUCUUGUCCCCGGUGGUUGAAGAAAAUAAUACCGGCCACUUGCUGACUCACCUCCAGGAGGUGAAGACGGCUUCAUCGCUCCAGGUUGUCCAGCUCCUUCCUCAGGAGGGCAGCCAGGCGGCUCCUGAUGAGGAGGAGGAGGAGGCCCCCGCUGCUGCUCAGCCCACCCCCAAAAGAGGGCAAGGGAGGGGGAGGAGAACCAAGGGCCGCAAGUCCACCUCCACUCAUGCUGCAAGGAAAAACAAAGAUGUGAAGCCCCCGACGGAGAACGACGCCUCGGCAGGCGGAGAUGCUCCAGUGGAGAGCAGCAGCCUGUUGAUUGGCUCUGAUGGCGUGGCCGUCCUGAAGAAACACAAGACGAGGGAGCACAAGAGGGUCUACCGCUGCACCCUCUGCAACAAGAUCUUCCAGAACAGCAGCAACCUGAACAGGCACAUCCGGUCCCAUGGGGAUAAGCUGUUCAAAUGUGACGAAUGCGACAAGUUGUUCAGCCGCAAAGAGAGCCUGAAACAGCACAUCUCCUACAAGCACAGCAAGAACGUGCCCGACCUGGAGUACAAGUACAAAUGCAACACGUGCGAGAAGUCUUUCCGCCUCGAAAAUGCCUUAAAGUUCCACAACUGCAGAACAGAUGACAAGACGUUCCAGUGUGACAUCUGCUCACGGUUCUUCUCCACCAACAGCAACCUGUCCAAGCACAAGAAGAAGCACGGGGAGAAACUCUACUCCUGCGAGAUCUGCAACAAGAUGUUCUACCGCAAGGAUGUCAUGCAGGAGCACCACAGGAGGCACGGCGUGGGCCCAAAGCAUAUGAAAAGAGAGGAACUGGAGGCCAAUGGAGAGGAAGGGACCAAAUACAGGAAGGAACCGUCCCCCUGUCCCAUCUGUGGAAAGGUGUUCUCCUGCAGGAGUAACAUGAACAAGCAUCUGUUGACUCACGGAGAUAAGAAGUACACCUGUGAAAUCUGCGGCCGCAAGUUCUUCCGCGUAGACGUUCUCCGAGACCACAUUCACGUGCAUUUCAAGGACAUAGCAUUAAUGGAUGAGCAAGAGAGGGAGGACUUCAUCAGGAAGAUCGGCAUUUCACCAGAUGAUAGUGAUGAAACGGAUGAAGAAGAGGAUGAGGAUGAUCCUGAACACCACAAGUACAACUGCAAGAAGUGUCAAAUGUCGUUUGCCAAGGGCAAAGACUACCUGAAGCACAUCAUGGAACAGCAUAAGGAGAGAGGCUAUGGCUGCGGGAUCUGUAACCGGCGCUUUGCCCUGAAGGCCACUUACAAUGCUCACCUGGUCAUUCACAGAGAGCAGCUACCUGACCCCGCUGUCCAGAAGUAUAUCCAUCCAUGUGAAAUCUGCGGACGAAUUUUCAACAGCAUUGGAAACCUGGAGAGGCACAAGAUCAUCCACACAGGGGUGAAGAGCCACAGCUGUGACCAGUGUGGCAAAUCAUUUGCGAGGAAGGACAUGCUGAAGGAGCACCUCAGAGUCCACGACGACAUCCGAGACUUCCUGUGCGCCGAGUGCGGCAAAGGCAUGAAGACAAAGCACGCUCUGAGGCACCACAUGAAACUCCACAAGGGCAUCAAGGAGUACGAGUGUAAGGAGUGUAACCGCAAGUUCGCUCAAAAGGUCAACAUGCUGAAACACUACAAGAGGCAUACGGGUAUAAAGGACUUCAUGUGUGAGUUGUGUGGGAAGACGUUCAGCGAGCGGACCACGUUAGAGACACAUAAGCUCAUCCACACAGUCGGCAAAACGUGGACAUGCCCGACGUGCGAUAAGAAGUACCUGACAGAGUACAUGCUGCAGAAGCACGUCCACCUGACCCACGAAAAGGUGGAGGCCCAGUCCUGCCAUCUGUGUGGGACCAAGGUGUCCACCCGCGCCUCCAUGAACCGACACAUACGACGCAAACACCCCGAGGUGGUGUCUGUGAGAAUUGAUGAAUUUGAUGAUCUUCAGGAACCCACAACAAUCGAUGAUUCAUCUAUAAGCAUUGUGCAGCCCACACUCACACUAGACAAAGACGGCUUGUCUCAGGAAAGGCCCGCCAGGUCCUCGCGGCACCCCAAGAAGAAACAGAAACAGACAGUGGAGCCCGAGCUCUCUGAAUCAGACGAAUACGUUGACUUCCCGGAGUCCAGACAUGAAUCCUUAGAGUUCACCUCCGUCAUCGUCGGCGACGAGACGGAAACAAGCUCUGCUGUGCAGAGUAUACAGCAGGUGGUGGUCUUGGCUGACCCAAACACCCCCACCGCCUCCUCUCCCAACAGCUCUGUGGGGCUCACCAACAUCACUGUAACGCCCAUCGCCACCCACGCACCCACCCAGUUCACCAGCCUGCAGCCGGUAGCUGUGGGCCAUCUGACGGCCAGCGACCGCCCCCUCACCCUGGAUAACUCCAUCCUCACCGUGACCUUUGACACUGUCAGCGGCUCCGCCAUGCUCCACAACCGGCCCACUGAGCUCGUCCCCGAGACGGUGGGUCCCGGCGGCACCACUGCAGCCCAGUCAGUCGCCCACUUCAUCAACCUCACCACCUUUGUCAACCCCAUGGGCCACCAGCUGGAGGCCCCAACUCUGGCUUGGAGGCCUGUCCCAGCAGCUGAGGGUACCCAGGUCGCCCGCGUGACAGACGACACUCAAGGUGAAGGACAGGAGCCCCAGAACCAGAACCAGGGCCCCGAUGAAGGCCAACCUGGCCAGGCCCAACCGCAAACCACCCAGCAACAGACAGGCUCAACGCAGCAGAUGUUUAGCUACUAAACAAGAGACCCGAGGUGCUGGUCGCCUCAUGUGAUGCACAGCUAA